AUGGCCCAUCUCGCGGACAACCAACCACCAGCGAAACGCCCACGUCUCUCACACGCCGAUCCCGAGGAUGAAACGCCUGGGGAAGCUCCAGAGGAUGUUCCCGAAGACUUUGAUCUCCCGGCCGCGCGCGCCCAGAACGAUUUCAAGCUCAAAUCUCUGUUUGAAGGGAUUUUCGCGAAAUACAGCCACGACUUCACUGACGUGGGUGAUGAGAUCGAUUUGGAGUCCGGGAAGAUCGUCGUGGACAAUGGACAUCUCCUAGGGAUGCAAGAGGAGGGCGCUAGUGGUGGCAAUGCGCGAUCGUGGCUCUUCCAGGCCGGCCUGGAUGAAGAAAAUCCUGAUACAGAUCAUGGCGAUGAUAUGGAAGUUGAACAAGACACGGAAUCUAUUGCGUCUGUACCCAACGAAAAUUCGCCAGAUGUAUCAAAUUUACAGACUGCGCCCCCAGUCACGCUCUCUGAGCCGCCAGCGGACGAGGAUGACUCGCUGGAUUUCGUGUUUACAUUCAAGGCAUCUGGAGCUGCUGGGUUCAGUCCGGUGACCAAAACACAGCAUGUAUCCCGUCCUACAAACCCACCCAGCUCCAAAACCAUCGAUCCUAUCGCGACUUCCAAACCUCAGGACCCCAUCUGGGCGGUUCCAGAACUGCCGCAGUCCUUCUCAACGCCAACCACCGAAACCCGAAAGAUCAACGCGGUGGUCACCCCAUCAGCCAGGUCCCCUUCUCCGCCGGGCAGUGGUUCCAUCUGGGCCAUGAAAGGGCCUGGUCGCCCUAGAACAGAAGCGAAGCCAAAGGCUACGCCGCGACGGCGUAAGUUGGCCACGAAGCGCAAGUAUCACUCAAGCCCUGUAGCACGAGACUGGUCCUUUGCGGAGGUUCCCGACGGCAAUGAGUCGGAUGAUCCUUUGCAAGACUAUGAGCCGUUGCCGACGCCAUCGAAGGUUCGAAUCAUUCGCGGGCAAUACAAGGUGCCCACUAAAGGCGACGGCCCCUCUGCCCAGGAGCUCACUCCCUCAAAGGUCCGCAUCAACCAUGAAAAGCAACAGCAGCCUCAGAUGGGUAAUGACGCCCAGGUGCCACAGUCCAGUCGACUUUCCCCUACAGAGUCACCGGCGAACGAAGGUCCUGUGAUCGAAGCAGACUCGGCCGGUCACCCGGAGAAAGUCAAUCAUAUCCCCCAGGACAAUGCACCCGAGAUGGGAGUGCAACAUAUUGCGCCACCUGAGAUCGCUUCCACCGUGAACAACGGUGACCCACAUGGGGAAGACGAAGCGAGAAACCAGGAAGAUAGUCCAUUACAGCCAAAUCCUGACGAUGAGGGGAUUGUUGAGCCCGGCGUCAUUGCCUCUACGGAAGAUGAGGAGACAGCAGCAGAUGACAACAUUGAUGCCCAACAGCCAGCGCCCGACGUACAAUCGCAACUUAAUAUGGCUCCCCAAUCUAUAUUGCGACCCGAAUCAACGCCAACCCACCGCACCAAAGUCCCAGCCACCGAACCCCCACAAAACACCCCCAGCAGAAGACGAAUCAUAGACCCCGAUGAGGCAAAAUUAAUCAUGCGUGUGAUGUACCAGGAAAACGGCAAAGCCAGCGACGUAGUCAAAUUAAUGCCAACGCUUGACUAUCAUGCAGUCUGGCAUUGGUACUUCACCCAUUGGACCCAGCGCCUCACCAAUCCGCCUCGCCUCUCAGCUCCAUGGUCACACUCUGAGCUGGCAAUCUUCACCCGCUUGACCAACCAAUCGGGACUGACCUGGGCUGAGAUCCAACGUGAGUUUUCGGGUCGAUCGCGUCCGGAAGUCGAAUUUGAGCUGCUUCGUUCUUUUGUCGAUCCGCAGCCUUCUACGAAGCAUCCGGGGAAACAGCCAGAUGAUCCAGCCAACGACAGCGCACAUGAUUCAUCCCAAGACGUCUGGAUGCAGGCCGAGGAGAUGAUAUCCGAAUCCGACGCUGAAGGCAGUCUGCCCUCGGUCAACCCCGAGUAUCAUGAUGCACGCGGUGAGAGUGUUUCUUCAAUUUCGGCGGAACCGCUAGAUCAGUCGAGACAGGGUCAUUCGUUUGUUUCGAAUACUCUCAAAAACCUAUUUUUGAGGUGA